AUGCGACUUAUCAACACUCAUACUUUGGAGGUGAUCAGCAAAAGCGACAAUGACAUUCCGCCCUACGCAAUCCUCUCGCACACAUGGGGCCGGGACAACGAGGAAGCGACGUUGCAGGACAUGCUCGUCUUAUUUGAGGCAGCGAAGAACGAUCCAGCUGUGUUGUCGACUCAUCCCAUCGCGCGCAAACCUGGGUUCAUCAAAAUUCAGCAGACAGCCAAACUAGCCGCAUCUGAAAACCGCGACUUCAUGUGGGUCGACACAUGUUGUAUCGACAAGACUUCUAGCGCCGAACUCUCUGAGGCUAUUAACAGUAUGUUUCGCUGGUACCAACAAGCAGAAGUCUGUUACGCCUUUCUCAGCGACAUUGAGGACUCCGAUUUAGAGGACUCGGCCGAUGACGAUCAAAUUACGCAGAGUCGCUGGUUUACUCGUGGGUGGACUUUGCAAGAAUUAAUUGCACCCCCUGUGGUUCAUUUCUAUUCUAAAAAUUGGCGUUUUCUCGGCCGCAAGCGACCUGCAAGUAGAUCUACUGUGCCUAUUCCUUCGCCCUCUGGAAAAGAGCCGGAUAGUCCGCUUGUUAGCGACCCAGAUUUCCUGUCUAUAAUAGAGAGGGCAACUAGCAUCGAUAAAGACCUGCUCGACGGGUCACUAGACCUCAAUGAAUUUGGAGUCGCAAUGCGGAUGAAAUGGGCAUCUCGACGCCAGACAACCCGGGUUGAAGAUAGGGCCUACAGCUUGAUGGGACUUUUCGGAGUCAAUAUACCUCUUCUUUACGGUGAAGGCACGAACGCCUUCAUACGAUUGCAAGAGGCGAUUCUACUCACUACCGAUGAUCAAUCAAUAUUCGCCUGGAAAUGUCCAACAGGCGAGGGCGGAGACAAGCUCUCUGGUCUGCUGGCAAAUGAUCCUAGGUUCUUUCAAUAUUCUGGACAUGUCAAGCCGUUGCCUUCCAAUACCAUUACUAGCAGUACUCCACUGGGUAUAACUAGUGCAGGCCUGCGGGUGGCUAUAGCUCUAUUCAAGUUGAGCGACGUGGCGCCACGACAAUUUAGCGCUUCAGUUGAUUCUGACAACUUAUUCGCCGGCGUGCUUGAUUGCAGCCCCUAUUUCUGGGUCGACGGCGAUGAGGGAAGCAUAUGCAAGCCAGCCGUGGUAUUGCUAUGGCUCGGAGGAGACCAAUUUGCUCGAUUCAAUGCCAGUACACUCAUUCACGUAAACGCCACAGGUCUACAACACAUUGAUGUGAAUUCUUACAAAGAAGUAUAUGUCAAGCAAAACCCGGCUACAUUAUCGCUUCCUGAAAUUUAUCUCAACGACCAAAAGUUGGUGGCUUCUACUCAUAGAGAAUAUGUGAUAGUCGAUGUCUGGCUACCUCAAGGCCGAUGGGACGAAUCGACCAGGACUGUUAGGUGCAAGACGACCUCGAACUCGGGCAUUAUGUGUAUCUUUCGCUAUUCACUUCGACAUCGAAACUUCCAGGAUAAGCAUUAG